AUGCCAAACACGCGCCACCAUCACGUAAUUUCCAAAUAUUUAUUUACUCACUUUGAACGGAGAGAUCUUUCGUUAUUGAUGAAUGGUUAUGUAAAUUAUCAACAAGAUGAUCAGAUAAAUACUCUUCCGUAUGUAGCAUCCAUUCCGAUUGAUAUAUCGGAAGAUGAAGGGUUGAUGGGAGGUAAAAUUGGUACAUUGGUUGGAUUAUUUAUUUUGAGUGUUGUAUUUGGUAUAUUGCCAUAUAUUGUUCAUCAUUUAUCUCAAUUGGAAAGAUUGAAAAAGUUAAAGAAGGCACUUCAUAUUGUUCAACUUAUUUUCGGAUAUUGUAAUGCUAUUGCUGCUGGUGCAAUUUUGGGAAGUGGAUUGACUCACUUGUUACCUGAUAGUAUUGAAUGUUUUAAUAAUUAUUUUGAAUUGUAUAAUCAUCAGUUUGAUAAUUCAACAUUGAGUUCAGUAGUUUUUGGUGAUUCACCAACUACUAAUGGUACAUUUACUCCAAUUUCGGAUACAGUUGUUGAUUAUCCUUGGUCAAUGAUGAUUGCUGGUACUAUUAGUUUGUUUUUGGUUGGUUUGGAUAGAGUUUUCUCUGAACAUUCACAUGGAUCUUCGAAUAGUUAUGGAGGACAUUCUCACUCACAUAAAGGAGAGGAAGACCAUUUAAUUGUAAAUUCUGAGGAAAGACAUGAAAUGUACAGUGAAUUGGAACAUGAAGAAAAUAAGGAACGUCACAAGUAUUCCUUCCUUGUCAAAUCAUUGCUUUUUACAUUUGCUAUUUGUGUCCAUUCAGUUUUUGAAGCAUUUGCACUUGGGUUGGAGACAAAUACUGAAUCAUUUGUAUCCUUGCUAGUUCCUAUUGUAGCUCACAAGGGUUUCGAAUCAUUGACAACAGGAUUCAUUGUAUUGAGAUAUACAUUGUGUAAAUCAUGGUUCCAGGUUCUUAUUUUGAUACAGGUUGCCAUCUAUGCAUUGAGUACACCUAUUGGAAUGGGAAUUGGUAUGGCCAUCAGCAGUGGCGAUUUGUCCUUUUCUUACUAUAUGAUUUCAGGUAUUAUUCAAAGUAUUGCUUGUGGGUCUUUCCUUUUCAUUGCUUGUUUCGAAAUUAUUCCAACAAGUUUGGAGGAAAAUUUUGGAUUGUGGGAUAGAGCUUUGAAAAUGUUCUUGAUUUGUUUAGGAUUUGGAGUCAUGUGUAUUUUGGCUGCCUUCUCAUAA